AUGAAAUUCAACCGACGGUCUCCAGUCGGUCUCAGCGACGGUCCCCAGCCCGGGGUCUCCAGCGACGAGUCCCAGCCGGGGUCCCAGCCCGACGGUCCCCAGCCCGGGUCACUCCCAGCGACGGUCUCCAGUGCCCGGGGUCCCUCCAGCGACGGUCCCAGCCCGGGGUCUCCAGCGACGGUUCCCCCAGCCCCGGGGUCUCCAGACGACGGUCCCCAGUCCGGCGGUCAGCCAGCGACUGUCCCAGUCCGGGUCCUCCGCACGGUCCAGACCGGGGUCCAGCGACGUCCCAGCCCGGGGUCUCCAGCGACGGUCCCCCAGUCCGCGGCGACGGUCCGCAGCCCGUCGGGUUUCCAGCGACGGUCCCCAGUCCGGGGUCUCCAGCGACGGUCUCAGUACCGGGGUCUCCAGCGCCGGGGUCCCCAGACCCGGGGUUUCCAGCGACAAUCCCAGUCGGGGUCUCCAGCGACGGUCCACCGACGGUGCCCCAAGCUCCGGGGUUCAGCACCCGGGGAGUCGGUCCCACCGCCCAGCCCGGGGGUCUCCAGCGACGCCCAGUCGUGUCCCAGCGACGGUCCCGCAGCCCGGGGGUCUCCAGCGACGGUCCCCAGUCGGGGUCCUCCAGCGGACGGUCCCCAGUACCGGGGUCUCCAGCGAGCGGUCCCCAGAUCCGGUGGCUCUCCACGCGCGGUCCCAGUCGCGGGGUCUUCCAGCGACGUUCCAUUCAGCCCCGUUGUUUUCCUGCAGUCCACCAGCAGCACAGACAACCUCUUCAUACCAGCAGUAAGGUGGUACCGGAAAGGCACGGGCGAAGAGCCGGGCUAG